AUGUCAUUCAUAACGUUAAAAAUGGACAUGAGUUUAAUAUUGACUUUAUUAUCUUUUACCUCGUGUACGUGUAUUUUUAUUACGAAAUAUUUCAUUUUUUUAUUUUAUAUUAAAGAUAUAAAAGUUCUUUUAGAUGAAAUUAAAAAAGAUUGGAACUCGUUAAAGAAUAUAGAAGAGCUCCGAAUCAUUCAUGAAUACUCUAAAACCACAAAAGGAAUAACAAUAUGUUUCAUUAUCAUUAUCGUACCACUACAAUUGAUAUUCUUCUUGAGUAUAUUCGGUAACAAUAUCCUAGAUAUUUUGAUUCCUUUAAAUCACACUCGGCCGCGGACAGUUCCGAUCGUAAUUGACUAUUUCGUCGAUCAACAAAAAUUUUUCAAUUUUUUUGGUAUGCAUUUGAACCUUAUUACCAGUUUCGGAGGAUUAGGAAUUAUAGCUACUGAAACAAUAUCUAUGGCUAUGAUGCAACAUCUUUGUGGAUUGUUAAAGAUUUCUAGCUUCCGUAUAAGUCAUACAUUUGUUGCAAACAUACCAAGAGUAUCUUUUACAGAAAGAAAUAUAGUAAUUCGAAGAAAAGUGAUCUCAAUCGUGAAUUUACACGUAAAAAUCAAAAAUUAUAUCAACUGGAUUCAAGAAAAGAUAAUAAUAUCUUAUGAUUUUUUGAUAUUAUUUGGUUUGGUUGUAUUUAGUAUAUCCAUGUUUGAAUUUGCCAGAUCGGUAACAUCCAAAACUGAUGCAAAUGAAUUAAUUUCAUCUCUAUUCUACAUAAUUUGCAUUACUAUUUAUGGAUUUGUUCCCAAUCAUUUUGCGCAAGAGAUAAUCAAUCACAGUUCUAAUAUUUUUAUGGAUACAUACACGAAUACGGAAUGGUACGAGCUCCCAGUGAUAGAACAGAAAUUAAUAUUGUUCAUCAUGCAGAACAAUUUGAAAAAUUUUAAUUUCGUGUUAUUGGGUUCUAUGAUUGCAUCUUAUCACGUAUACGUAACAAUACUACAUACGGCAUUCUCGUAUUUUAUGGUUAUUUAUUCUAUACUUUGCAUGUCAAUCUUAAUGACAGUUGGCAUCCUAAUUGUUAACUCGCAAAUCAGUUUCUUGGAACAGCGGAUCACAUGUCUUCUCAGCAUAAUUCUGAGAAUGGAUCAAGACUGUCGUUCACUCAAGGAGCUCGUUCAUGGUGUUAUUGACAGUUUGUGUGCCUUAGAAGAUCUUGCAAGAUGA